GUUGUAAGGCCAUGUAGGGCCGUCUAUGGCUGUGUAUUGAUGUAUUAUAUGUACAAUACAACAGCAUUACGAUACCAUAUGUACUAGCCGUUAAGGAUUUGUAACUAGGGGUGUCAACUGAUCUUUCCGAUAUCCAUUGACCAUUGAAAUACCUUGCCUUCCUUAUUAUUCUUGUUCAAGUGCUUCCUCCAAGGCUACUACAUACGUAACUCGUAACUUCCAAGCUUCCCAGGUUCGUAACUAAUCCCUUCCCGUUUGACAUUGGACAUUUGCCAUCAUUCAAUUCUUCUUGAUUCCCAUUCCCCAUAUUAAUUUUCCCUUUUUUCCCUCGAAAGAGAUAAGAGAGAAAAAAAAAGUCUUGGCUUCUCCCCUCCAAACCGUCACUUUAUGUUUCUUUAUAUCCAUCCAUUCCCAUUUUCCACAUCCGACCUUGUUCCAAUUGAAUAGGACUAGAAGGACGAUCGGCCCUUAUUCCCGGAUGCGCCAACCUGCAGUUCUACCUUCAGCCUCAAUUGAAUCCUUCCGGCCGGGUUUGCAUACGGUAUAAGUAGAGAGACACGAGCAACGCGCAUGUCGUCAUCGCAGCGCCCGACCGAUUUGUCGUAUGGCAGCGGAGGACAUUCUGGGCAUUCUGUCAUUUCAAACAAUUCCAAUUCAACCAAUCCCGCUUUGUCGCCAAUAGCCAUCUUAACCCCGACUUCCGCGAGCACUCUUUACGCCUCCCCCGAUUCGGCAAACGGCCAGCAUUUCUUUGGCGCCAAGUCCGAACCCGAGGAUGGCGACGGCGCGGGUAGCGGAGAAAGCGUCACCGCUAUCCCUUCCUUCGGCGAACCCCUCAAGAAGAAGCAGAAACGCAACAAGCCAACGCUGUCGUGCUAUGAAUGCGUCGAGCGAAAGACGAAGUGCGAUAGAGGUAGACCUCACUGUUUAGCAUGUAUAAAACGACAGACGGAAUGCAAAUAUGCACACGUCGCAAAUCUCCUCGAGGAGACAUCACGAUCGGCCACCAAUGGCCGCAGGAUGACGAAACCGCCGAAGAAGAAGGUGACGAUGAGUGGAAUGAAGCCUACGAUUCCAAAUAUCGCAGAAAGAGGUAUUCUCACCGGCCGGAUCGCUUCUCGUGGGUCCGUAGCACUAUCCACAGGACUCCUCUCUAACGUUUCUUUAUCCCGCCCAACAGCAUCCAAUGUCUUUGGGAUAGGCUCAGAACACCCCUUUGCCAACUACUGGACUUGCGAAGGUGGGCUUCCGGAGGUUAUCGGGGUACUCCCUGAGAAGCUGCAAGCCGACAUCUUGUUAAGUCAAUAUUAUGAAUGCGUGGACCCGGUCUAUCCAAUAAUCGAUCGUCGCACAUUCUAUCUCGAGUACGAGCAUUUUUGGUCGCUUAGGGAUACAGAAAAGACCGACGCCGCUUUCGUUGGUCUGCUUUUCACCAUGAUGGCCCUAGGUACCCAGUUCGUUUCAACCACCAACCCCAAAGACCGUAAACAAACCUCCGAAUUUUACGCUUCAGCAGGCAAUCAAGCCUUACGCAUGUUUUCUUAUCUCAACACUGCAUCUUUACACUCCGUCCAAGCUAUGGUAUUGGUAGGCUACUUCCUAAUAAACGACAAUCACGCCUCAGAUGGCUGGGCUUUUUCCGGCUUACUAUUGAGACAAGCGUACGCAAUGGGUUUACACAGAGACCCAAACAUAGUAACUCCGAAUGCUAGCGAAUUUGAAAAACAGCAACGACGCAAACUUUGGCAAGCCGUCCUUGUUCAGGAUACAUUCCUGACAGUUCUGCUAUCUUUGCCUCCAAAUGCCACGCAUACCGAUGUUAAAGUCGAGGAUUUCCAUGAUGACCCAGCUGGUUUCGGCGAUUCAAGUCCUACUGAUAUAGCGUAUAUCCGAGGUUCCUGGAUGCUGGCAAAUUUGGUUCAAGAGACCAUCUCUAGUCCCCGGUCGCUCGACGUGCCCAUCUGCUCGACGCAAAGGCAGAAAUCAAAACUUGUUGCCGACUUUCGCGCGGUAUAUCGCUCAUUUCCCGACGUUUUUCGAUCGUGGGAUCAAGAAAGUAUUGCACAGCUCGCAUGUAGCAAUAAACGCGUCGUUAGACAAACACUAUUUCUAAGCAGUAACUACUAUCAUAAUCUCAUGCUAGUACAUGCUUCCGAAAGCCCAGACGUACCCGUUAACGUUAGAGCGACAUUGGAAGCCGCGCACGAGGCAAUCACUUCAUUUUUCGUGCUUUUUACGCUUUUCGAUACAGAAGCACGGGUGUGGUGGGUCUUCCAUCAUAGGGCGUUUUUGGAGGCGCUAUGCAUAGGGGGCGUUCUACGGGAGGCCGGAAGAGAUCCCGCUACCGCGGAUCAGUUUUUGAGAGAUCCGUUAUUCGCAAGGGCAAAGGCGGAUAUAAGUACGUCUUCCACUCUCGACUUUCCAUAUAUAUUUCUUGGAUACUGACAGUUCUCUAGCUCGCAUGGUUCAGAUUAUGAAAAUAAUGGCCGACGGCGAAUAUGGCUCGGAUGAUGCCAGGACAAGAGUAGCCGUCUUGAGCGAAUUUCUAUAGAUUACGACAACAUACGAGACCUUGUUAGAUAAUGGGCUUGUACAUAACCUCAUAUGUACACUGAUGAUCAUUUACAUAUGCGUUGGAGUUAGCCGAGAUGUGUUUGUAAUUAGUAGUUACAAUAUCAAAAUACUGGUUGUCAUGAUAUCCACGGAUGAAUUGGAUUAUAUCAAGCCAGUCCCCUCUAAAGCGAAUAGUGCGACAAGUCU